AUGGACCAAAUAGGUUACUUUGCUGUGACGAUCUAUUUGUGGUUAAUAGAUUUUUGUUAAUGGCAGCAAAAUAACUAAUAAUGGUAAAUUGCUCAACUAUUAACAGCAGCAAAAACUAUCCACUAAAGAUCGUUUUGCUGCUACAAAUAGUUAGUUUCUUGCGGUUAAUAAAAAAAUCGGUUAAUCUAUUUGCUGUAAGCAAGCUUCGAUUUGGGACAAAUAAAUCGUAUUACUACGAUGUGGAUGUUAGUGAUAAGUUAGGUGUUCAUUUACUGCAACUUAGCUCCUUUUAGCUACAAAUAAAAAAGGUUGCUGCUACAAAUAAAUGAGUAAACUUAUUUGCUUUAUUAUCAUUUUAAGAGUGCGUGCUUUCUCAGUGUAUGCAGGUAGUUCGUGGGUGUAACAUAUACAAUACCUACAGCUGUGAGUUCGUGUGAAUUACGUACCUACUUGUUUUGUUACAAUUAGCUUACCGUAAUAUAAAUGGAUUAUAAGAAACUAUUGGAAGCGUGGGGUAUGAGUAAUUACAUAGAAGCCUUCGAAGAUGAUGGAAUUGACGAUGAGAGCUUUCCGAUAUUGGAUUCCGAGACGAUAGCGAAACUUUUCCCUAAAAGUGGACCACGAUUGAUAUUUAAAAAGAAAUACAAUGAAAUGUUUCCCACUCCUGCUACUUCAAAGAGUUUUGAAGUAGAAUCAAGUGAUCUCUAUAACUGCAGUACUCCAGCAUCAGUGUCAACUUAUACCACAAAUGAGUCUAUUAUAACUGAUCUAGAUGUCAGUUUCGUUCCAGAUCAAGAACUAUUAGAUGUAAUAGAAAAUAUUGGUAAUAAAGUCUCUGAAAAACGAAAGAUUGACGAUCCCUUGGAUAAUACCCCUUCCUGCAGUAAGAAGCAGCAAACUGGACUUGGAGAUAUAGAUAGUGUUUUCCCGGAGGGUUUGGAACGGGUACUACAAAAGUAUACAGACGGGAAACUUGUCUUAUUAAACCGAAACAAAUUAACUAAUGAUUUACGACAGAAAUUGGUAAAAGUGGCUGUAAAUGAGCUUUUUGCCAACAAAGGAUCAGAUAUUAGAGGAAGUACGUUCAUGAGAAUUGCCGAAGAGAUUACCAUACUAUUUCCUAAUGAAAAGUCCGAAACAUAUUAUAUACCAUAUAUAGUUACGGAAAAAAAAAAGAGGGGCGUUGGUCCCAAAGGGAAACUAUGGUCAAGGUACACAAACGUACGCACUGCACUUCGAAACGCAAAUGCAUUUAAAGAAAAUGAAAAUCCCAAUAAACCGUCAGAACAAAGCCAAAGCCCAAAUAAAGAAUUACAGCUCGAGUUUUUAAAGACAGCUACCGAACCUUACCUGAAAAUCUUGGCAAAUUGGCAAGAAACUUAUUCGUUGCGAAGAAAAUUGUACCUUAAUUCCAACUUGGAAACGAUUUUCACAGACUUUCCAUGUCUUAGGUUGAGUAGUGGCAUUGAACUGAUAGAAACAGAUUUCAACCAAAAAUUUCCUGAUAAAAUAGAUAUUAUAUAUACAACAUGGCCUAAAGUGAUGAAUGCAAUUAAUAAAGAGGCAGCGGAACGAAAUAUUUCAAUAGCUGAAGUUGCAGAUCCCAGUUUAAAAGCAUUAAUUACUUUACCAUUCCUAUUUCAACCUGUAACGUUGAAAAAAAAUAGAAAAGGUGUUAGUUGGAGACCUACAAGGGUGGAAGUGCAGGAGAGCUUUUUUAUGCGAAUUUCUAAUUUUGACGAAUUACAAGAAAAAAGAUCAUCCAGACGUCAAAAAUUGUCAACGUACGGACCAGCCAUAUGCUUGCGUAGCGGGGAAUUUGGAGGCUGUAAACAACUUCUACAUUGUCGUGGUAAAUGA